UAAAUUAAUGUUUCUCAAUUGACUAAAAGUAGGAAUCUGCUUUUGAUUCAUAGUAGAAUUAAGUUCGCACCCUCACUUACACCCUUAAUCUGCUAAAGCUUCGUUUACAGACGUAUUCCAAUUAUUAAAGGCUUUUAAUUGGGUUUCCACUGUCUGUGGAAAAACUGAAGAUUAUGAUCAUGAAGAUAAACAAAGUGGUGUCACUUUCUUCAGCUGCAGCUCUUAAAUCUGUGUGUUCCAAAACUUUUUGAGCUGCAGCUCUUAAAUCUGUGUGUUCCAAAACUUUUUGAGCGAACAUUAGGUGUGGGCCACAAUUGAACACCGGAGCUACAAUGAAUAAUUGAAUAUUGUAAAAGAAACAUGGAUACGGUAAAUGCAAACCCAGCAGCAACAUCGUCACCAUCACAAACGCAGGUGGUUGUUCCUAUGGCUUCUGCUUAUUUUUCAAGCCCUUCUGUUGAAUUAACAACACAAGCACAUGUGGUUCAGAUGGCUUCUCCUCAACCUCGACACCCUUCCCGUCACAUAUUGGAAGAUAAAAGGGAAUACUUAGAGAAAUGUAUACCCCUUUAUAAGCUAGCACUGAGAGGUGACUGGAAUGCAGCCAGGCGCAUGAUAGAUGCAGACAUUAGUCUAUUAAACGCUGCUAUAACAAAGGAAUGGGGUACACUACUUCAUGUUGUGGCAGGAACAGACCGAGUACACUUUGUGAAUCAGCUGGUGAAAUUACUGAGCCCAGAUGACUUAGAACUGCAAAAUUUCAAUGGAAACACCGCGUUUUGCUAUGCUGCUGCAUUUGGAAACUUGCAAAUUGCUGCUAUGAUGAUCAAGAAAAAUGCUUGCCUACCGAAAAUCCGGGGCGGAGAAGGAGCCACUCCUCUUUACAUGGCUGCCUUACAAGGAAAAGGUGACAUGGCUAGGCAUCUCUAUGAUCUGACUUCCGAAAUUUUAGAAGAAGACGAGUGGACUACAUUGUUCUUCCUUUGCAUAAAGAAUGGAUUGUAUGGUUUCCUUUUCCUUUUAACUUUCCUGUUAAGUUCCUAUUCCAGAGCAAACAAAAAUCAUAUCAUUUUUACUCCAAGCUUUGAUAGAGAUAUAGCUUUGAAAAUGCUAAAAAAACACUCAAUGCUGGCGUUGGAAAGGGAUGAGAACAACGACACGGGCUUGCAUGUCUUGGCUCGACAGCCUGGUGGUUUUACUGGUCGUAGUCAAUGGUGGCUUCCAAACCAGAUCUUGGACUAUAGCAUGAAGACAACACCAUUCGUCCAACUUGUUGAGUGUCUUUGGAACAAGCUUCUCCAACAAGAUUACGAUGAAACAGAGAUGAGGAGUUUCAUAAAUCUACCAUCACAAAUAACAUUUGAUGCUACACAAGUUGGAAAUUUUCAAUUUGUAGCUACACUUAUGAGGUCUUUCCCUGAUUUAUUAUGGGAAAUGGAUGAGAAAAACCGAAGUAUAAUUCACAUUGCUGUUAUACAUCGGCAUUCAAGUAUCUAUAGUCUAAUACACGAACUAGGCUCCUUCAAAGAUUUCAUAUCGACUUUUGAAGAUGAUGAAGGAAACAAUAUAUUGCACUAUGCUGCUAAGUUGACACCUCCUGAUAAACUUAGCUUAAUUUCUGGAGCAGCUCUUCAAAUGACACAUGAAUUACGAUGGUUCGAGGAGGUGAAAGAAUUAAUGUUGCUAUUAGAUGUAGAGAAGAAAAAUGUCAAAGGCAAAACUCCCCGUGAAAUAUUUGCUGAGGAGCACAAAGAAUUAUUGAUAAAGGCAGAGUCAUGGACAAAGAGCACAUCUAUUAAUUGCAUGCUUGUUUCUGCACUCAUAACCGCAGGAGUUUUCACUGCUACAUUUAUGAUACCUGGUGGCAACGAUAAAAAAUUAGGAACUCCCAACUUUUUGCACAAACCAGCAUUCUUGGCAUUCUCAUUAUCAGUUGCAUGUGCACUGGUAUCAGCCUCAGCCUCCAUACUAAUGUUCUUGUCUAUCUAUAUUAGCUAUGCAGAGGAAGAAUGUUUCAAGUUGCUCCCUAAAAAGUUACUAUUAGGAAUGGUGGCACAAAUCAUUUCCAUCAUAAGCAUGAUGGUGGCUUUUAGUGUUGCAUUUUACAUGUCAUAUUCCCAUGGUUCAAAGUGGGUUCAAAUUUUCAUAGUUGUGAUUUCAGUUGUGCCUAUAUUCUUGUUAUUUCCACUGUGUUGGUUUGAUAUUUUCCGCUCAUCUUACUUUUGUAUGACUCUAUUUCUGCGGAGAAAAUAUAUACUUAACUAAAAAAGCAGAGCCAUUUAUAUUA